AUGGAUGAUUUAUACGGUGAUUUGGAGAAUUACAACGACAUAAACACUAUUGAAGAGUUACGAAAGGAGAAUGCAGAGCUGAGGUUCAAAUUAGAGGAGCACAAAAGUACAGUCGAUAAAUUACAAAAAUCUAUAUUCCAGGAUAUUGAUAAACUAUCCUCUGAGUUCAAGACAUUGGAGAUAAACUAUUCUUCAUUGCUAAAGACUGCAAAAGCUGAAAUUGAGAGGAAAACGCAGAUUAUUAACAAUCUCAAUUCUGAGAAAGACAUGUUGGUACUUAAUUCCUUACAAAACGCCAACAAGAGUUUACUUAAUAUUAAAUGUAAUAUGGCUAGAGACAAGUCUAAUAACAGGUGGAAGGAAAUGGCCAGAACGGACCUGGAUACCUGCAAAGGAAAAAAUGUUAAAGAUGUACCUGAAAUGAACAUGUUUGAGACAGAAAAGGAUCGAGGCAUUGAAAACCGCAUGCCAUCAACUGAGACUGCUACCAGUGGUAAUAGUGAAGAUAGCAAAAGGUUAUUAACUGUUGAAAGCAGAGAUGAUACUUAUAUUGAUAAGAGCACUGAUAACAAAGAUGUUUCUAAAGCAAGAAAUCCACCUUCAGGGGUCAGAAGUAGGAGAAAGUCUAUGUCUGCUUUAAGUAAAUUUUAUGCAAAAUUUAGCACUGACGAAGAGUUUGAGGAACUCUACUCCGCUGAAGAAAAUCACGCAAAAGAAUGGCCUUUAAAAGAUGAUAAAAAUAGGAAAGUCUUAGAGAAAACUUAUGAUAAACAAAGUCACAAAGUUUCAGAGACUUCAGGUAUUGAUGACAAAUACUCUAGUUACCAUGAAUCUUCUAGAGAAACUUAUUAUAAAGGUAAAACUAGAUAUAUCGAACGAUAUAGGACCAAUAGAGACAAAUAUGAAUCAACUCAAAGGUCCAGAAGACAUUAUAGCCCUGAAAGAAGUUAUAGAGCUCCGAGAGACCAUUCCGAUGAUCGGUACCAAAGAAUUGAUUUUGGGAGACACAGAAUACUAGAAAGUCCACCUUCAGAGAGAAAUCGAGAGUACGAUUCUCGCAGAAACCGAGAUCGUCGGUCCAAUUACGAAAGGGAGAAUCUUUAUGAUAAUAGGCACAAAGUUCCAGAAAGACAAGGGGUAAAACACAAGGUUCAAACUGAUUAUGAAGAACCUAGCAGUAAAAGAGCCAGAACUAAUUCCAGAGGCAGGUUUUCCAAGAAAGAUAUAAGAUGGUCAAAAGUUCAAGAAAUUGCUGAACAAAGAUUGCUACCAAUUCCUCAUAAUACAUCUUGCCUGUCACCUGAUUACGUUAAUCCAGAAAUAUUCCCUGCCCAACCAAUUAGAGAAAUCAGGAAUACGGCCUCUACUAAAUUGGAAGAUCCGCGGCUGACAAGUAACCGGUACAUAGUAAAGAAGGAUGAUAAAAGUACAUCUUUAUGCUCAGUGAUUGGUAGAAAUGUUGAAAUAGUUCCUGUAAAUGAAGCAGUCUGGAAUAUACAAAAAGUAAAAGUACCGGAUGCUUUGCAGCGACAGCUGCCGUCUGCCACCACUUGCGCUGUUCAAUUAGUUAAAAAUUUAUAUAUGGACAUUGAUAAUCCUGUAUCUAAUUUAUCGAUGGAGUCAGGUGAAAUACAGUCGGGUAGAAAUACACCUGCAGGAGAUAUUACAGAAACUUUGUUUAAUGAUUACGAAAAUGUUAGACCAAGUGAAAAUGUUAGUGUGGAUGUUGACAAAAAAGCAAACUCUCAAGUAAAUCAAACUGCCGCUGAAAUAGUAGCUCAGCCUAUAAAAUAUAAAAUUCCUAAAAUGAAAAGGGUGCAAGAAGAAACAAUAUCUCAAAGUAUUACUAAAAAUACAAAUCCGCUAGAAAUGUUGAUGACCGAUUUGAAAUCCAAAUGUGAAGUAACAACACAUACGGAUGAAAGUAUUGAGAAAGGCAAACCAACAAAACAAGAGAAAGACGCAACAAAGUUUGACAAAGCCACUUCUACAAUUGAAGGUAAAUUAGAGGACGAUAACCCAAAGGAGAGAAUAAAAUUAUGUAUAUCUCUAAGUAAGCUCAAGUGCAAGCAACCCCAGUCAGCAAGAGAAAUAGUUGCAGGAGAUUUAGAACUUAGUGACGAAACUUGCGACGAUUCAGAAUUGCAAAACGAUAGACUAACUUUAAGAAACAAAGUGCGAUUAGAUAAAUCUCAAAAAAGCCAUCAAUAUAAAUCUCACACAAGUGAACAUAAACCAAAAAAUCAAGACAGUAGUAACAUCGAAGUCACCAAGUGUGCACCAGAUGUAAAUACAAAAGAGAUAAGUCCUGAAAGUAGUAAGAAACGAAAAACAAAGAGGCGAUCACAAAAGCAGAGAGGUUCAAGCCCGAAAGAAAUAUCUGAACAAAUAGAUACUACUAAAAAUCAAUCAGACAAGAAAACAAGGAAAAAAAGCAAAGACUCGAAAGCUUAUACAACGCAGGACAGAAAAGCUAAAUUCAGCGAAUUAUUUGGCGACAGUAGUAGCUUGAUAACUCCUGAAGAUUUGGGAUUGACCCCAGUAAAUGUGCCACCUGAAAAAUAUGUACCUAUUUUCGAGGACGCCCAAGAUGCCAUCGAUGUGAAUGUGGAAGAAAUAGGUAAAGCACAAAAGGCUUCAACAUGUGUAGAAACUUAUGAAGUACAGAACGAAACUCGUAAUACCAAUGAACAUAAAAUUAAAUCUAAACCUGACAAAUCUGGCAGUGAACGUAGACAGAAGAUUAAAAAACUUGAUGAAAUUAAACCUGAUUCUACAGUAGAGGUACCUAUAUCUACGGAAGAUAUUUCAUUACAUGAAACUAUGAAGGCCAAAACUAUAACUUCCGCCGAAAUCACAUCUGCGUCAUUUCAAACAGAGACAACCCUAAAGAGUACAGUUUCAGAAGCACCGACUCUUGAAAAUUUAGUUCCCGAAACUGCAACUAAAGAUCUUGAUGUUGUCAAGACUGUAAUAAUUUCUACUGGAAUCCAAUCCCAAGCCACAGAAAAUAACGCGGAACUGCCAGUAAGCAAUAACUUGGAAGACCUUAUUGAAGAUAUUGUGGAAAAAGAUAUGCCAAAGAGACGGGAUACUCACAUUCAUGCGCUUGCUACGUCAACGCCAUAUAAAGAAAUACCAAUGCCAUGCUCUCAAACUGAAUCAAACUCGAGACCUGAGAGUAGGAACUCUGAAGAUAAUAGGCUAGAUGGGAAUGAAGCUUCGUUAGAUGAUCGGAAUUCAGUAUCUAAUUUAGACGCACGAGAAAAUGAUGCGCCUGAUAUAAGAAUAUUUGUAACAAGGCGGAGAAAACUUAAAAAAUGAAAGAUAUGUAUAUAUUUUACUUAGAUACUACGUACACAGCAAUAAUACGCAUGUUUUAUUCCAGCGUGACCAUGGUCAGUUUUUGAAAUUUGACUAGCCAGAUAAAGACCUCGCCAUUUAGUCAAAACAAAGAAGCGACAAAUUAAAAAAAUUCGCGACUAGAACCGACUAAUUAACGACUUUUUCUGAGUGCAAUUAGAUCUAAGCCAGGAGCUGUGGUACUCGAGACUAAAAAUGUCGCUGAAAUAAUCUUAUCCCAGUGUGGACAGUAAAAAACCUUAAUAUGUUCAAAACGGCGUUAACGACUAUAUCUAGUUUCUUACGACAAGAACCGACUAAAUCACGACUAUUUUUUAGUGUAAUCAGAUCUCAUCUAGGUGUUGUGGUUCUCGAAAUUGAGAAAUGGUGCCACUGGAAUAAGCUUAUUCCAGCGUUGUCCACGUAAAACACCCUCAUAACUUUUGAACAGCGGACCGAAUAAAUCUAGUUUUUUGCGACUAAACGGCUACUUUUUGAUUGAUUAAUCAAAUUUCAAAAACUCGACUAUGGUCACGCUGGAAUAAGCCACGUUAAUAAUACUCGUCAUAUCAUGAUGUAUUUUUACUUACCGGUAUUAAUUUCGUUUAAGUACUUAGUGUUAUGCUCGUUUCUGCAGAGUACAUAUUUUAUAGGAGUAUUUAUUUAGCAGUAUACAGAGACUUUACCAUUAACUGGUAGUGUUAUUUAUUAAUUUAUUCUUUUUCUCUCGCAAUUUUGAAACAGUGUAAAAAGUGUGUAUAAACAAAUAACUGUACAUAGUUAUAUGUAGAUUUCUCAAAAAAAUUGAGCGAUAACUAUAAUACAUUUCAUAAAAUUAAAAACUU